AAUCUUCAAAUCAAUAGUGUCGCAUAUGUGUUACGUGCAAUCGUCGUUCCACUGUUCUAUUCUUCCGACAAGUGUCAUUCAACGAAUGUGACGUUGUAUUCAUUAGAAUGUGAAGUUUUUCGCGUCUGUUCGACGCGACGUCACAUUCUCUACACAACGUGUUACGGCCGUUUAUCCAGGAUUUCACUGUCGUUGGAACUGGUCAAAAUGUUAAACAGUCAAGCCAACAUGACCAAAUUCUUAUUCUAAUAUGUAUGACGCUGUAUUAGGAUAAUCACUGUGGGCCUAGGGAAUUUCUCUGAGCCAUGUGGUACCUCAGUAAACAGUGCACAGAAAGUGCUCGUGCACAUCUCGUUAAAUCAAAUGUGACGAAAUGUCAGUUUCCUUUGAGUCUUGUGUCUUGUUCGUUUUGAUGUGAAUCAGCCACAAAUCAGCUGUCUCACAUACGAAUGUCACACAAUGCUCAAACGGACGUGACAUUCUGUCGCAUUCGUUUCAACGUGCGAUCAUCUGGUCCCAAAAAUGAGAGCGCGUGCAGUGCAAACUAGUUUCCGCCAGCACUCAUUAAGCAUUGCUUAUUCCCAGAGUUUAAACUUGGUCUCUGCUUGCAGGUUCGCUCCGUGUACCCCGAGCGCAGCUCACGUUUUUUCACUAACACCUUAUGGUCACCGAUUCAACAUUUCCACUGAAACUGUUAUGUUUCUACUGUAUUGCCUGAUAUUUGUUUGUUUAUUUUUGUUGUAGAGAAUGCGUCGUGGCUGCUUACUCGGAAGCCAUGGGUCUGCCGAGAACUAUAAACAGCAAUGAUGAUGAUGCCUCGAAGGAGCAGUGCUGCAUUUAAAUCUACAGACCAUGAUGUAUCCUUUACUUUGUUUCACGGCUGACAGCUGUUGCAGUGCAGUCCAAAAGAAAAGGUGCAAGAAAUGUGGCCUUCGGAAGGACGGGAAAGUCGCACCAAGAGAGUGCUCCCGUCGGCCUGCUGCCUCCGGAGUUGGUCUGCGCCGUGUGCCCGUCGUGCCCAGGCUCCCUGCGGCCUCUCAGUUCGCGUGCCUGCGUGCCCCUGCUCCUCCACUGCGUGCGCCUGCUGCGCCACUGUCCGCCCGCGCUACACCACAGCCUGCCCCUGCUGCACCACUGUCCGUCCGCGCUACUCUACAGCCUCACUGUGCUGCACCACUGUCGGCUCCCGCUGCACCACUGACUGACCCAACGAAGUCCUACGACGAAGACGCAGCAGCAGUGGCCUUGAUGAUCCCGGACCUGUUCAACGCGUGCGCGCUGGAUGUGUCCAUCCCGCAGGACCCCGUUAGUGUGUCGGCGUGGGCCGACCGCAUCCUGCUGGCCUCUGACGGGGACGUCUUCAAGGGCUGCUUCGACGACAGCGAUCCGGUGCCGGCGCAGAGGCCGUCUACUAAGCCCAGCGCUGCCAGUGCCGUUGCUCCCAGAACGACACUCAACACUGCCAUCUCUGCCGAUGGUUCCGCCCUGAAGCCUGCUUCCCGAGGCUCUGCCGUUCCAGCCCGGUUCUCAGGAGCGACGCGGAGUGUGCUGAAGCCCCGAGCCUUACGAGUGCCGAGGACGACGCCGAAACCUGCCUGCCCUGCCGGGGAGUCCGCCCCCAAGUCUGGUUCUCAAGGGUCUGCCGUUCCGGCCGCGGGAUCAGCCACGAAGCAGGCGUUGCCGGGAACAGGAGUCGCGUCAGCGUCCAGUGCCGGCAGCGUCCCACCGGACACGGCCAUCGCUGCGUCCCAGGCCGCCUCGAAUCCGCCGGAGUCGGUUGGCAGCGUAGAAGAGGAGCCCCUGCGAAGGCAGCUGCCGUGCGGGGCCUCUGCUGUGUCUUCACGCCGCGAACUACAGUCCAGCCCCGACUCCAUUGCUUCUGGGGACGUUUCCAAUUCGCGAAGCCCUCGAGAGAUCUCUACGUCAACUCUCCCAGAUGUUCCGAAGCCACCAGCUCGCCGAGGUCCCUCUUUGGACUCUACUGCUCCAGUCCCAUCGCAACCCCCGGCCCUCACUGAAUCCAAGUCACCACCGGAGCAGGACGCCCGGGAGUCGGUCACUCGUCAACCAUCCUCGACUGCCGUGGCCUCUACAGUGGAAGCGCCUCGGAGGAAGCCUGGUCCCAAAUCGCGCGUGCAGUCCCUGAGUCCGGCAAUGCCCGAUCAGACCGCCGGGCCAUCGAAACGGGGGAGGCGUCGAUCCCCCAAGUCACCGCCGGGGAGCCGAACCACCCUGGCCAACAGGCUGCAGAUGACGAUGGCUUUGGUGGACGAGGAGAGAGAUCUGCGCUGCUCCAAGUGCGACAUAAGGUUCGGCAGCCCCAGGGACCUCGCAGGUCACUUGCGGCAGCACAACGCCAAACGGCCCUUCCAGUGUGACGAGUGCGGCAAGAGCUUCGCGGAGUAUUGGACCCUGCGGAUGCACCAGUUCAUCCACACCGGCGAAAAGCCGUUCCAGUGCGCGGUGUGCUCCAAGAAGUUCCGAGCCAAGGACAGCCUCAGGCAGCACAUGGCCCUGCAUUCCGGGGAGAAGCGCUACCCGUGUAAGAGCUGCGGCGAGAAGUUCAAGUUCCGGUCAUCGCAGCACCGACACAGGAAGUUUUGCCGUGGGCCUGCACCCCAAACGUAGGACUGCGGAUUUGACGGAAAGACCGUAUCACCAACGCUCUGAAGACUGCAACUGCAUGCUCGUUUGCUCUCUUCCCGUUAAUUGGAACUUGCUAGCCGUAUAUGUUUUCAAUCAUGCUAUGUUAAGGACAUUCUUAUGUUUCUGCUCCUCAGCACUGCAUUAAUUUGCAGGACCUCUUUGAAUUCCUGCCUCUCUUGGGGUGAGGCACACAGUCUCGCCGUAUUUUGGCCAGAAAGUUUUUGGUUUUGUUUUUUCUUUCAAUCAAUCGACGUCAGUGUCGCAUGUUCUAUGUAUGAUCUAGUUUGACCUAAGUUAUGUUUUGUUUCCUUUUUGCUAUUGCAAUGUCUUGUUGGAGAAUGUGUUCAAUCACCUUCACUUUCGAAAAACAGGUAUAGAUACUGUAUGUUAUUUUUGCCAUCUCAGAUUAAUUUCGUGCCGAAAGUCGAAUUGUUGAUAAGAACUGCAAUUAAAUGAGAUUAUCAAGUUUGAA